GCACCAACCACAGCACCAGUCCGUUGAUGAUGGACUCUGUGCUGGUCGGUCUGAUCCUCCUCUCUCUCAGCAGUUUCCGGUGGGAGCAGCAGGCCGCCGCUCUGACAGCCUCCACCCUGCAGGUGAGGGUCGGGGAGGUCGCCGUCCUGCAGUGCCCGCUGCUGGACGCCUCCUCCUCCUCCUCCUCCUCCUCCUUCUUCUCCUCCUCCUCCUCCUCCUCCUCCUCCUCCUCCUCCACCUCCUCCUCCUCCUCCUCCUCCUCCUCCUCCUCCUCCUCCUCCUCCUUCUCCACCCUCAGCUGGUACCGGGCGGCAGCAGGAGGGCGUCCGGAGCUGCUGCUGUCCUUCCGGUCCACAAACACCUCGGAGGUGAAGUUCGGCUCCGGCGUCGGUCCGGAGAAGGUGUCGUCUGCAGCCAACGGCUCGCUGCUGCUGCACGACUCCAGACGCAACGACUCAGCAGUUUAUUACUGCGGCCUGAGUCAGGGAGGAGAGCAGAAGAAGAAACGGGACCAGGACCUGGACUCUGCUGCUGGGUUCAUCUGAUCCGUCUGUUGUAGUCAUUCUUCUACCUGAGUCUGCUGGAAACACCUGGAUGACGUCAUGCAGCAGAAUAAAUGUACCUUAAUUAGAUCAAUAACACCGGUUCCAUCCGUUAUAUUCUAUUUGUUCAUUUUUCUAUUAUUGGUAUUUCUAUUAGUCUAUUUUUUGUGUUUUUAUUUGUGUUAUUUGUGUUAUUUUAGUUUCAGCAAUAACAGAUAUGAACCUCAGGUAUAAAGAGAGAGGGUGUGGUGGGUUUAUGGAUGAUUGGUAAAUCAUUUAUUAGUAUCAAUUCAUCUGCUGUUGAUUUGUUUUAUUUAUAUUUUAGUCUUGUUUAGUUUCAGUUUCUUUUGGUUGAAAAAUAACAGAAUCAAUA